AUGGCUCGUGCUAUUUCCAGAUGCCAAUGGUUCGGCAUCGUGGCCAUCGUCUGCCUCAACAUAGUCCUUUGGAUACUGUUCCUCACCGAGGUCCCAGCUCUAGUCACAGCCUCGAAAGAAGCCAAACAUGGAAGACUCGGAUGUGCCAAUGGCCAAUGCCCAUUCACUUCUUACGGGAAACAUCGCCCAAAGCUAGGCCACCUCACCCUCACAGCCAGCAUGCCAGAACAAUACAUACCCACCGUCCAUAACAACCGCCGCCUCCUCGUCAUCGGCGAUAUCCACGGCAUGAACACCGAGCUAGGAAACCUUCUCAAUCUUGCGGAAUACAACCCUUCAAACGACCAUGUCAUCACCCUAGGAGACAUGGUCAACAAAGGCCCCGACUCGCGAGGUGUUCUUUCUCGUCUCAUGUCCAUGAAUGCGAGUGCCGUGCGAGGCAACCACGAAGACCGCCUAUUGAUAGCCCUCAAGGAAUAUCGCGGCCGAGCAGCAUCCACCCACAAAGACGAGGUAGUCGGCUUCCGGAAACGGGACAAAAAGAUUCUCAAAGCCGCCAAGACGCUUCUCCCGGAACAAGUGACAUGGCUCUCCAACCUGCCCGUCAUUUUGAAAGCUGCGCCAUUGAACCUGUACUUCGUUCACGGAGGCCUCGUACCAGGCGUCAAGUUGGAAAAGCAGGAUCCAUGGGCAGUCAUGAAUAUGCGUACAUUGAUAUACCCCCAGGAUGAACUCAAACGACGCACUGAGACUUCAAAUGCAGAGUUAGACGAUGACGACGUCGAGGAGGCGCAAAAAGUCAUACCCGUCCCUAUAGACGACCAUUCCGGCGAACGAUGGACCAAAGCAUGGAACAGAUACCAGAAGAGUCAUGUUAAGGAGGGCCACCGGCGGACCGUCAUGUACGGCCACGACGCAAAGAUGGGGUUCACAGAGACCAGGUACACUGUUGGCCUGGACUCGGGCUGCGCCGCGGGCGGCGAUUUGACAGCAUUGAUUGUGAAGGCGAAAGGGAGGAAGGGGUUCACCUAUGACAAGAUUCAGGUUCCGUGCAAAGUGGCCCGGAAACGAAAGGGGACGUAG